CUGUGCUAACAACACUCGCUCUGGCUUUGACAGAUAACCUCAACAGACCUUAAACACCUACAUCGUGUUAGGAUAACGUCGCACAAUUAGGCAGAAUGCCUUUCUAAUGACAUACACUACGGUGAAGUAGGUUGUUGUUUAUGCCAGUCAACUAUUGCCUCAGAUAUUGAAGCUUAUGGUGGCUACAUUAUCCUAGCUAGCUCAUUGGCUACAUCGCUAGCUUUGUAGCAUCAGCCAGAUUUCUAACGGUGGCCAAACAGAUCCGCUCACUAACAGGUUGAAUGUGAGUGACAGCUCGGUGACCUGGUACUCCCGGACACAAACACUGAACAAGAAGAGAGGGGAUGGUGCAGCCCCAGCCUGAUGGCCCGAUGCAGUGGGACAUGUCGGGAGAAGAGAGUGGUGGGACCCUCAGGGUCCCCCCAGAGCUGGCUUCCAACGAGGUGGUGACCAGGCUUCUGGGAGAUAACCAGCAGCUAAGAGAGGCCCUGCAGCGGAGCAACCUGGCCCUCCGUCAGCGCUGUGAGGAGAUGGAGGGAUGGCAACAGAGGACGAGAGGGGAGCGCGAGUUUCUCAGCUGUCGUUUCCACGAAGCCAGGGCCCUGGUGGAGAGGCUGGCCCAGGAGAACCACUCCCUGCAGAGUCUGGUGAACGGGUCGGCCCCCUCCUCCACCCACUGCUGCAGCUCCAGCCAGACCGAUGAGCUGCAGGCGCGCCAGGUCCGGGGCAGACCGCUGGAUGGACCGCAGACACUUGAUCAGCGGGAGAGGAAGAGAGUGGAAGAGACGGAUCAGAACACACAGACCACACCUCCUCGCAGCCUGCCUGUGGAAGGUUCAAACGAUGUCCUCCAGUAUCUGAAGGGCCACAAAGAGAAGCUGGAGGAAGGAAUGAGAGACCUCAAGAGGAAGAAUGAAGAGCUGGAGAGGGAGAGGGAGGAGGGGGAGAAAGAGAGAGAGCGCAUGCGGCGCUGCUUUGACCAGAUGCGGAACAAACUGGCCCAGCCACAGGCAGGCAAUGUUUCUGAGGAGGCUGCCCAACAUCGCUCUGAGGCACAGCACUCCUCUGACUGCUCUAGCCUGGCUAAACUCACAGAGCAGCUUCAGGCCACACAGGGCAGGUAUCGUGAGUUGGAGGAGAAGCUGGAUUACCUGCAGAAGAGUUCAGCUCAGCGGGACAGAACUGAAGCUCUGCUCAAGCAGAAGGACAAGGACUGCGCUCAGGUCCGAACGCUGGCCAAAGACUGCGAGGCUCUGAAAGCUCAAGUCAAGUCCCUUUUAGGAGAAGUGAACGACAGCCGGAGCUGCCUGGAGAAGAGCGAGCAUGAACGCAACAUACUGGAUGAAAAGCUGUGCAGUAAGGUAAAGGCGCUGCAGGUGGCGGAGCGGGAGCAGGAGCAGCAGAGGAAGCAGCAUCACGUAGCCAUGGACAAGCUGCUGCUGCAGAACCAGAGCCUGGAGACGGCCCUGAAGACUGAGAGACAUGUGGUCACAGAGGAGAAGAAAAAACUGACUCAAUUGCAGCAUGCCUACACGUGUCUUUUUAGAGACUAUGAUACUAAACUGAAGAGUGAGGGAGGAGAUCUGUGCAGCAGGCUGGAGGAGGCAGAGCGGGCGCUGGCCCUGAAGCAGGACCUCAUAGAUAAACUGAAGGAGGAGGUGGAGCAGCAGAAAGGCUCACUGGAGACCGUCCCCGUCCUCACUGCACAGGCUGAGAUCUACAAGGCAGAUUUCCUAGCAGAGCGAGAAGCGAGAGAGAAGCUGAACCAGAAGAAGGAGGAGCUGCAGGAUCAGCUGACUCAGGCCCUGACUGAGAUUGACAGGCUCAAACAGGAAGCCACAUCACGUGCACGUAUCGAGCAGAUGAAGCUGAGACACCUGGAAGACUUUCCAACAAGGGCGCCACACAUCCCCCCCCCACAAGCUUUCAACACGGUGCCCCCGGCCCCCUCGUUCCGCCAUCAGGGUUUGGCCCCACUCGGUGAUCAAGGAGCCGCCGGAGCUGAGGAGCUGCCUGAUUUAUGUUGUCCGAAGUGUCAUUACCAGGCUCCAGAUAUGGACACGCUGCAGAUACAUGUCAUGGACUGUAUACAGUAACAUGAGUGUAGACAGUGCACACACACCUACAGAUACACAUUAAAAGUAUGUUUCCUAGUGUCUACUCAUAGCGUUGGGCACAACUUGAUAACCAUGUUUGGUUGUGGCCCCAUGCUCUCUCACACACACGUUCAAAACAGACACACAAACCCAAAUACUUGCUGUACAUCUUAAAAUGUUAACAAUCGAAUAUGUCCGAAACAAGACCAUUGGCAAUCAUAUGACAGAAUGACAAUUGUAAGAAGAGAAUGACAGCAAGAUAAUCAGCAUGGUGUUUUCCUAGAAGGUGCUCAAUGGAUUCAAAAUUGUGCUGUAGCUUUUAAAUUCUGCAAUUCAUGCUUUUUGCGUCUUUCUCUUUCCUCCUGGCACUUUUUCUUUUUCCCUCGUCAUGCCUUGCCUCUGAGAGGGCCCACGGAUGCACAUGUCCAUCAGUAUUUGUAUAUGAUCCCUGAUAUCUUGUCCCUCUUUGCCCCGGUGGGAUAGUGGCAAUUGAUGAGGUAAAUGCAUACUGUGGAAUAAGCGUGUAUAGUUUGACUGCAUCCUCCAGGUUAUACACGUGUAUGUUAGUUAAGUAGGGUACUUAUGCCUUCAAAUGAGAAAUCGAAUGACAAUGUGAAUAACCUAGUGAGCUUUGAAUUAUAUUCAAUACUCAAAUAUGUUUUGGUCAUAAAUGUUGCUGUUUACAUUACCUCCAAACAUUUAUUAUUAUUAUUAUUAUUAUUAUUAUUAUUAUUAUUAUUAUUAUUAUUAUUAUUAUUAUUAUAUAUUAGAGAUGGGUUCACUCUAAUUGAAAAAAAUAGCCAUUCUCUGUGUUCCGUGCCUGUGUACAUCUCUGACUGCACCACUGCUUUAAUCCCGACCCUGAACGCACCCCCCCCCCCCCCCUGUCUGUGCCCUUUAUUCUGUUUUAUCUAUACCUGUAGCACCUUGCUAUUUAUCUCUCGGCAGGUAAGCACAUCAAGGGUCCUUCACAGUUUGUGUGAAUAUUGUCUCUUAUUAUGGAUCAUUUGGUUCAAAGAUUAUUGUUUCAAACUGUUGAAGAUUUAAAUAAAUUAGUUAUUCAUUA